AUUUGGACUAUGAUCAUCUUGACGUCGACAACAUUUAUUUUGACAUUGUGACAGGAAGUCGUGUGUGUCCCUGUCGCUAGCUUCACUCCGGGCUGGUUCAUUAUGGUACCCGUCUGAACGAGCGGCUCGUGAAGCAGGAAUCCAGACAGGAUUAUCAGCCGCAGACACCGCCGGGCUGCACCGCGAUAUUUCUGGCUCCAGUUCAUCUCCAACACUCGGACAGCACCGACAUUUCCAUCCGGACUGACGGGAGUCGGAAGGGACCUGUACAUAGCAGCUGACUGCUGGGCCCUCCUACACGCUUCUGGUGCCGUGCAGCUGCAGCAUCCAUCGCAUUAAGGGGAUGACGGAGGGAACCGAGCCUCCUCACGUACCGGCACGGUGAGGCGACGUUCAAGGGCUGCAGGAAUUAUUACAACCCCUGAGGCAGCGGCUUGGAAAUUUGAUGUGACUUCACUUUUCAUCAGUGAGACCUAUCCAUCUGUCCUGGGACGUCAGAGCUCAGGGUGAACCACAAAGAAACAACCUCUAGCAGUUGAGGCUCCGAUCAUUCUGACACCAUGACGGUGGGAUCCACCAUCACCGUGUGCCUCAGGACUAUAGCAGUCUAACAGACUGUCUGGUUCCCCUGUGGGAGAGAACAGAGCUUCUAUAGCGUGGUGGUCCACUAGCACCAUGGACUACCACGCUGAGUGCUGUUUCUGUGAUCCUGAGGACGGCUUAGAUGAGCCACCACUCCACAGUAUCCACGCACCCAACCGGAUCCGGCCGUCCUCGUACCGAGCCCUGAGGAGUGCUGUGUCCAGUCUGGCCCGCAUCGAUGACUUCUUCUGUGAGAAGAUUGGUUCAGGCUUCUUCUCUGAGGUCUUCAAGGUGCAGCAUCGGAUCACAGGGCAGGUGAUGGCACUGAAAAUGAACACGCUGGCUAGCAACAAAGCUAACAUGCUUAGAGAAGUACAGCUCAUGAACAGGCUUUGCCACCCCAACAUACUCAGGUUUCUUGGUGUUUGUGUGCAUGAAGGUCAACUCCACGCUCUGACUGAGUAUAUAAAUGGAGGUAACCUGGAGCAGUUGUUGGACAGUGAUCUGUACCUGUCGUGGGGUGUCAGGAUCUGUCUGUCUCUGGAUAUCGCCCGAGGGCUGCAGUACCUGCACAGCAAGGGCAUUUUUCACAGAGACCUCACUUCCAAGAACUGUCUGGUGCGCUGUGAUAAUGGCAUGUUCACUGCUGUGGUGGGAGACUUUGGCCUGGCAGAGAAGAUCCCUGAUUACAGUGAUGGUGUGAAGCAGCCUCUGGCCAUUGUGGGCUCCCCCUACUGGAUGGCUCCUGAAGUUCUGAGAGGGGAGCUGUAUGAUGAGAAGGUGGAUGUGUUUGCUUACGGCAUUAUUUUGUGUGAGAUCAUCGCCCGCAUUGAAGCUGAUCCUGACUUCUUACCCAGGACAGAGGAUUUUGGUCUUGACGUGGAUGCAUUUGAAAACAUGGUUGGGGAUUGUCCGCGUUCAUUCUUUAGCCUCGCUGUCACCUGCUGUAAUAUGAGUGCAGAGAAGCGUCCAUCAUUCUCUGACAUUGUCUUCACAUUGGAGAGUAUGGAUAUAGAAGAAGAGGGAGAGAAGCCCAUUGCACUUGAGCCAGUGACGGUAGAUGUAAGCCCGUACCGGCGCCGCAGCUCUCCCUGUCACCUUAGUGACCACAGCCAGCAACGGCAAGGCUUGGCGAGGAGCCAAUCAGACAUGUUACCGCCAGCAAUGCUGACCCCUCCUCUCCUUGGGACCCCUGCACGGGUCAACCCCUUCUCUCUCAGACAGGACUUGAAUGGUGGGCGGUGUAAACUCUUAGACACACCAAGCAAGUCCGUCAUCUCCCUGACCUUCACCCUUCCAGCGCUUCGCGAUCCAUGUGCCUCCCCCCACCUUCUUAGAGGGAUGCCGGGGACGCGAGCACUGCCAAGGAGAUGUCAGUCGCUUCCCUGUACCCCAGAGCUCAGCAGGACUUUGGCCUUGUCCAGAGACAUGGAGAGGAAAGAGGAGGAGAAGGAUGAGGACAUCAGAGUGUCAGCAGUUAAGGGAGAGAGAGGGGAAGAUAUGGAGGAUGACCUGGGGAAUAAAACAGGUGUGUUAGAAAAGGUGGAUGAAAGGUUACAUGACAAGCAUUUGGAGGUAACUGAGAAGACAGACUUGUUGAAUGAGAAGGAUGGGAUGAGGGAGGAUUCAGGUUUUCCUGUCGAGUUGGAGAUGGUUUCUCUGGAGCGGUUGGAGGAGGAGGAGGAGGACAGUGUGUGUCUAACAGAGCCCAUGGACUGCACCAAGUCUCCAGAGGCUGCAGACAGAGUCUUGGACUCCACACCUGUAAGACCCCUGCUCACCUCUACUUCCUCAUCCUUACGGACCAAUGGAUGGCGACUUCCCAUCUCCAACGGACCGCCCUCCUUGCCUCCUCUGCCACGACUGAACAACAACAACGGCUCAGCGCUUGUGAUUGGCCAACAGGUCCAGUGGGGUCUGGGAGGGCGGUCUAAUGGUUACAACGGAGCCCAGGUCCUGUCCUCUGAUCUUAAUGGCACCUCUGAACAGGAUGAGGUCAUUUCCUGUCCAGGCUGUUGCCUGGUAGGUCUGAGUUUCCCCUCAGUGUGCCUCCGUGGUUCAGCUACUGUGACUGCCCCACUCCGAAGGGCAUCGUUACCACGGCAGCGACCCUACCGGAACCUCAACGGUCCCAUAACUAGUGGCAGCGCUUCCUCAUCAACAGCCGCCACAGCAACCAAAGCUCUACUGUGCCGCAAUACAAAUGGACAAGUUGUGGCUGGGCCCUCAGUGAUGUGUGAGCCUGGCCGCUCCCUGCCAGAGGCCCAGACAUAAACCAGCUCAGUGGGGAUUUGGUUUUGAACUUGUGAUAUCCACCAGCACUAAAUGUUAGCAGACAAACACAGCAACGCUACAUGUUGCUUUGCUAAUAUUGAGAGCCCAAUACUGACCCCAGCAUCUGAGAUGUGUUAUUAAAUCAGCAAACCGCAAACUGUAGUAGAUAGUUAAAGAGCCACCUGCGGGGCUGGAGGAUUAAUUACAACAAAUCAGAGUGACGGUGAAGAACGUGGUGGUCUAACGUAGGGCAGGCAGAAUACAGCUAAAACAGACAGGCUUUAGACAAAGCAGGCUGAGCUGGGCUAUGAACUUAACACUGAACAGUCAGGGUCACCCUCACAUUACUGCCGCUGGAAUGGUGCUUAUCCACACAGAGCAGCUAGUCUCAAACUUACACUGAUGCAUGCUCCAUCCAUACUCAACCAAGUCAAACUGAACUCAGUCUGCACUCAUCUGCGCUGCCUUCAUGACUGGAGGCUCGGUAUAAAAAGUGUGUGGCUGACUAAAUAAGCUAAGUAUACUUGGAAUUUAUUAUCAUUGUUAUGGCCAUCAUUUCUAUCAAUAAAAAUAACAUUGUACUCAACAGAUUAAUUGCUGGAAUGUGCAAACACGGAGACAUGAUUCAAAAGUAGUCUGAUGUGUUAAGAAACUCUGAGGAAAGUCAAAGUGAUAUGGAAGGAAAGACAAUGAAACAAUGACCCAGUCUGUCCAUUGUAACCAUCCAUCACAGUUUACAGACAGACUUCCUGCUUCAAUUUCAGCUCUCUUGUUUUGCAUGGCAGCCCUGGCACUGCAUUGUACUGCUAAGGCCAGGCCAGGUAUGGAUUGAAAACUAUGGAUGUGAAUGAGGUUUACUACAACCAGUCUGGUGUGGCUGCAGGUACAUAUAAAACACUGUUUUUGAUUCUGUUUAACAGAUAAACAGUAGCUAAACCCUGGGAAUAUUUAUAAAGAGGAUUUGCGUCCUACAUUUUUCAUUACAUUAUCGCAGUUGCCCUUAGAGUAUGUGUGUGUUUGUGUGUGUGUGUGUGUGUGUGUGUGUGAGAGUGAGUGAGUGAGAGAGACAGACAUAAAGAAGAAACUUCUUCCGCUCGUCAUGUAAAUUCUUUAUUUUUGCACUUCAGUUUGGAGCACCUUGCAGUAAGACACCAGGCUUUUACUAGAUGGUGCUUUAUUUAAAUCUGUGCUACUGGUGGUUCAUGUGUGUGUGCUUUUGGCCAGACAAACUACAGAGCUCUCACCCUUUGACAUCUACCCCCCCUCACAUGUAUCUUGUGUAUUUACAUAUACAUUUUGAUUACACUGUUGUUGUAACUUAAAAAGUGUCAUAUGAAGCAGGUAAGAAUAUUUAUUGUACAGAUCAUUCCACACACUGUGUGUGUACAGUAUGUGCUGCGAAAGGUAGUGUGAUGGAUCCUUACAGGAUACAUUUUAUCCUGUUAUUUCUCAUGUUAAACCAUGGUUCUUGCAUCAUUUCUUUUUUUGUUCUGUUCUUCGAUACAGCUAGAAACCUGCGUGCAAUAAUCUGAUAAUAAAAAACAUGGUUGUGCAUAA